UCCAUUGUACGCUGCUUGCAGGAUUCUCUUCUUUGGGUCUCGGCGAGACGGAGAGACAUUGUACUAGACUAGCUUUCAAGAGUCCGCCAGAGAAGAUAAUGCGGCCCAAGGGACCGAGGGCAAAGUGUUGAGGCCGAGCUGUUGGGUUCUUGACCAAUAGGCCCGAGUUUCUCCCUACACCCUCUUUCGCAGACCUCCCCUGCAAGCUUGCCUCGCAGACAUGGAAAUGGUGCAUAUGCAAACAUCCCUUUCGCAUUCACCCAAGGGCAAUAGCAGCUAUCCGCCCGCGAAGACGCAGACCCGUCAGGCAAAGAAGGAUUGCUCGGGAGCGGGGCAUGACGCCCAUUUGCAUUCCUCGCGUUCUGUGUAUGCGUGCAGAUGGAGACUAGAUGACAAAAACCUGUGCAUAGAGUGCAAUUAGUUGCUUACUAUGUGGCAUUUCAUCCAUCCGGAAUCACGCAGACAAGCCUGCUGGGGCGCUGAAAACAUCGCCUGGCUCGAUCCGAGGUGCUCUGGGCCGUGAGAAUCUUGUAAUAUGCCAUCAGACGAGACGUAAAGCAGCCGAAAGUUCCAUCCCAAAGUGUGCAAAGUUGGGACGCCCCAGGCCUGGCUCUGGUCUGGUGGUCUGGCCUGGUUUGGCCUGUAGUGG